GACGUCACCCAAACCCCCCGCUGAGUUGUAGGCUUGAAGCGGAGAGUGAGUGUAGGAAGAACGCCAGCCCGAAGUCAACUUUCGAGGGGAACGUCGCUAAAAUUAAUUUCUUUACAGUUUAAAAAUGGCUCAAAUAACUAGCGACGGGACCGAACAAGAUGCCCAGUCAACGUCAGAUCAAAACGGAACCAGGGAAACGGCAGAAACCGGCAAAGAGGGACAGGCCGCGCCGGACCCCAAACAGGAACCGGGCGACAACAACGAGCACCGUGCAGAAAUGGACGUGAUCAGUGGCCGUGGUGCGGCGGAGGAAGAGGACGGGGACACGCUGUCUCGUUUUCAUAACGACGGCAAAGAAAGAGCGGCACCGAGCGAGAAGAACGGCACCUGCGGAGGGGUACACAGCGGUAAAGUCUCCGAACCGGAGAAAAGUCCCGCACGGGGCAGUUUGGCGAGCAGCACUGAUUCCUCAGAACAAAGAGAGGGAGAGAACGCGUUCUCCUCAGCGCCGGCCGACCACACGAAGGCGGCGGAGAAAGCCGAUCACGGAACCAAAACAUCCGCCGGCGCAGAGCUGACCCCGUCCGACGGAGAGCCGCUCAGCCGGAUGGAUUCCGAGGACAGUAUCGGCAGCACUCUGAUGGACAUGGAGAGCACGGCGUCCAGCGGGCGCUCCACCCCGGCCAUGCUCAACGGUCACGGUGCGGUGGGGGGGAGUGGCUCGGCAGCAGGCGGGGGAAAGUCUCUGAGUUACACGUGCUGCUGGGAUCACUGCCAGCUGCUAUUUCCCAGCAGCCCCGACCUGGCCGAACACAUCCGAGGCACACAUGUGGACGGGCAGAGAGGGGGGGUGUUUGUGUGUCUGUGGAAGGGCUGUAAAGUGUACAACACGCCGUCCACCAGUCAGAGCUGGCUGCAGAGACACAUGCUGACCCACAGCGGAGAUAAGCCAUUCAAGUGUGUGGUGGGAGGCUGCAACGCCACAUUUGCCUCUCAAGGUGGGCUGGCCCGUCACGUACCUACUCAUUUCAGCUCCCAGAGUUCCUCCAAAAUGUCCAAUCAGGGCAAAGUGAAGGAGGAGUCCCCAUCGAAGGCCGGCCUCAACAAGAGGAGGAAACUCAAGAACAAACACAGGCGCUCCCUCCCCCGGCCACAUGACUUCUUUGAUGCUCAGACCAUGGAUGCUAUCCGCCAUCGAGCCAUCUGCCUCAACCUGGCAACACAUAUUGAGAGCCUGGGCAACGGACACAGUGUGGUCUUCCACAGCACGGUAAUAGCCCGGAGGAAAGAGGACUCUGGGAAAGUGAAGGUCUUGUUGCACUGGUCACCUGAAGACAUACUGCCGGACGUGUGGGUUAAUGAGAGCGACAGACUGCAGCAGAAGACCCAGGUGGUUCAUCUGUCCAAACUACCCACAGACACAGCUGUGCUACUGGACCCCAACAUCUAUAGGUAGGAUGUUCUUUUAACCACCUCCAGAGGACAUCUGUUACUUCCUGCUAAGCCAACCUCGAAGAAGGGGAUUGCUAAGUUUGCAGAGGGCAUGUAGAAGAUGUUGCCUGUUUUAGGUAACUCAACUGACAGAAAUGUAACUUUAGACAGUUAGGUACUUGUAGAGUCAAAGACAGCUCUUUGUAAAUACUUGAGAUUUGUAAUAUAUUUUUAUACUUUUCAUUUUUUACUGUACUGUAGAUUUAUAGAUAUUGUUUAUGUGCAUAUAGCUGACAUUGCUUGGUUUGAUUUUAUUAAACUUUUCUUCCAACAUCCA